AUGAACCUGAAUGAUAUACUUCACAGUUUAGACUGCUCAGGACAUUUCGGGCACGUAGUCAGCACCGAAGAAGCGAUAAUUCUCUACAAUUCGCUGUUGAUCCUUCAGAACGAGAACCAUUUCAAAGAAGUGUUCUUCUGGGGCAAGAUAUUCGGAUCCGAAAAGGACUAUUACAUAGCCUAUGGAUACGAGAAGGAUAUUUUGUACGGGAAAGUGUUUUAUUACAGCCUGAAUUGCAUUGAUUGGGGGCUGAUGCCCAAGGCUACAAAAAUGGGUUUAUUGUUAACACCGCUUUGCACUACCAAAUUUCAAGGUGACCCUUCGUUGAUAAUAGACAUUCUGAUAGAAAAAGAGGAAACAUUGGUUCCCGCUAAAAGAAAACAAGCAGAAUUGAGAAAACUAAAAGAAGAGGAUAGAUUAGCCGCUACAGUUUCCUUGAUAUUCGACGAAGCCGGAAUUAUCCCCAGAAUGGGAAUAUUUCGCAGACCAGACGGCAUGGUAAUAAACAACACGGCUUUCGAAGGACUAAAGAGCAUCGACGCGAGAGAAUGGUCCUCUUACUUGCAUUUCCGCGUCCCCACUAGAAAACAAAACACCAAUUUGCUGACCAGUGACGAUUACAAUUACGCCACCGAUUUUUUGGAUCCCAUUGACAUGGACAUACCCGAGGGGUGUUGGAUGUUGAGAAUCGGCCAGGCCGAAGACGUGGCGAUUUUGAAGUCCCUACAUUGGCCCGGGCUGGUCUUCUACCAUCAUUUGAGAACGCCUAAACACGGCUUCUUGUACUUCGGGCACGGCAAAAGGUGCUUGGACGUGCCGUUCAUGCUCAGCCCUUAUCAAAUGUGA